GUACAUUAAUUUCAACGAUGUUUCAUAUAGACAUUUGGCCUAGUGGUGUAUUACAAAGGUACGAUCUAAUAAUCCUGAGUUCGAGCCCGGACAAUGGAAAACUUUUUGUCUUUUUUUUUUGUUUUUCUCAAUUGGUUUCUUCAACUAUUACAAAAUCAAAAAUCUCACAUUUACAAAAAAUAUGCAUUAUUAUUUUUAUAACAUAAUGGAUACUAUACUAAAAAUACCGUAGCUAGUCACUAGAUGGCGCUAUCACAAGCGUUCCGAAAAAAGUUAGAGUAGCCUAUCUAUUUCCAAUAAUACAUUGUAAUCUUUGGACGGGUCUUGAAGUUGAAAAAAGGCAAUUUUCGAAUAAAUAUGCUGUUACGUAUAAAUAUCAAUUAUCAAUAAUAAUUUAUGUUUUCAAAAAGUGAAUUUUUAAAUACGAGAUAAAAAUGUCUCAAGGAAAGAUAGUAUUAAUGGCCUGCGGGAGCUUUAGUCCGCCGACGUUCAUGCAUUUGCGUAUGUUUGAAAUAGCAAGAGAUUAUAUACAUUCACUGGGUAUAGGCACUAUUGUAGGAGGUAUUGUGUCGCCAGUGCAUGAUGCCUAUGGCAAGAAGGAGUUAGUGGCUGCACAGCAUAGGAUAGCAAUGCUCAAGUUGGCUUUAAGAUCUUCAGGAUGGAUUAAAGUAUCGGAGUGGGAGACUCAACAGUCAGGCUGGACCCGCACAAAAGUCUCGAUGCAGUACCAUCAGGAUACAAUAAACAAGUGUCUAUCAGAGCUGAACUCGGACGCCCCGGCAUGGCUUCCCGACGAUGUGCUCAACGUCAACAGCAUCGACGAGCCCGACGAUUUGGCAGCAAAGCUGAACGGCAACGUUGAGGACGGCGUCACUGUCAAACUGCUGUGCGGUGCCGACUUGCUGGAGUCCUUCGCUACACCGGGAUUGUGGGCCGAGGAAGAUAUAGAAGCAAUAGUGGGCCGCCAUGGCUUAGUGGUGGUAUCGCGCGCAGGCAGCGAUCCCGGCAAAUUCAUAUACGAGUCCGACGCGCUCUACAAGCACAGGAAAAACGUGCUCCUAAUGACCAACUACAUAACGAACGAAGUGAGCUCCACCGUCAUCCGACGGCUGCUCCGGCGCGGCGAGAGCGCCAAGUACCUGACCGACGACGGCGUGUUGGCCUACAUCCGACAGUACCGACUGUACGGCGCGCUGCCUUGCGUCACUGAGUAUAACCUCCUCAACGAAAUGAUCGCGAAGUACGAGAAACGGACGCCAGAGGACGUCGUGAUGACGUCACCAGAAGAGACCAGCUUCAAAAACAUACUCAUAUCGAUCAGAGACAAACCUUCCAUUGUAGAUGAGACAAUAACCGUCAAAAGACCGCGAAAGUCCAACUUCCUCCUACCUACCCACACCGACUCAAUCAGCCCAACGUUGGACCCAAAACCCAAAAUCGCCUACUUGGACAAAGUACCCGCUUCGUACGUCCCGGGGAAAGCUGUCAAAAUCGUCAGUGACGUCACACAGCACGCCGUCAAAGACGACAAGGGAGGCGGCUGCGCGCUAUAGCUGACGUGCUGCGCGCGGGGCUGUAAGCCAGGCAGCGCGCAUGUCUAGACUUGAUCCACUGAAAAUCAUUUAGAAAUCAAAUACAUUAUAGGAGAUGGUCCAUUUCAGGCCUGAGGGUUAUUAUGUAUCUCUAUCUAUAUAUAAUAAUCAGUCACUACAUGCUUUUCAUCGUAUUUUCGCUUUUGCAAUCAUCUAACUUUGUUUUUACAACCAAAUUACAUAAUUAUCCUCGUUCUACAUAAGGUUACAUUAGUAUAAUAAUGGUAAUAGCAAGUAGUAUGUUAUUUUAACAAAAAACUGGUAUUUACGUAAUUUCGUUGAAAUAUUAAUUUUAGAUGAUCGUUAAAUCAAAUAAUCACUGUAUUUUAAUGUAAAAUGGCGUAGUCGAGGUCAUUUCGUAUUAAUAACUAUGUUAGAUGACCACAAAAACGGAAACACGAUGAAAAACAAUGUAAUGACUCAUUAUUUGAACAGUACACCGAGAUACAUAAUAAGGUCGCAGGUACACACCAUUAUAUUUUAAAUAAUGAAAUAUUACUACCUAAAAAAUUAAAAUUAAAUUCGUUUAUUUAAAUAAUCAGAAAUAGUUUAACAUUUUUGUUCUUUUAUUUUAAAUUUUUGUACUCUGACCAGUAGUGCUAACAUGAAACCAAGUGAAGAGAUGUCGACAAAAUGUCGUCCAAUGGCGGCGUAGUUUGUAGUAUCGGAGAAGUCAAUGUAAACUUUCAACUCCUCUAUCACCAAUUUAGGGGUUGAAUUUUAAAUAUUCUAGAAUCACGUUAUAUUUCUCAUUUUUUAUAUGAUUUAUAAACAAAUUUUUAAAACUGUAACUCUAAAAAUGGAGGUCUUUCCAUACAAACUUUUUUAUCCCCUUGGUGGUAGAAUUCAUCGAAAUCCUUAUUUAGCGGAUGCCUACGUCAUAUCAUCUACCUGCAUGCCAAAUUUUAGCCCGAUCCGUUAGUGGUUUGUGCUGUGCGUUGAUAGAUCAGUAGGUAUGUCAGUCGGUCACCUUUGAGUUUUUAAUAAUUUUGACCAUUUCCUUUGAAAAUAAUAAAAAUAAUUUUGAAAUUUACAAAAUUCAAUUCUCCCUUAUUAAUAUUUUUUAAAUAAUAUAAAAUGAGAAAGUGUUACUAUAUAAAACCUACAGGUACUACUAACUAGUGCUUGGUAGGUAUGUGAUAGUAGUAGUAAAAAUAUUUUUGAUUGUGAAUAGAAUAAAAUAAUAUAAAUAUUAUAUAUGUUAUUUUUAUUUUUUAGGGAGAAACAUAGUUAAGUAAUUAAGAAGAUAUUCUAUGUAACACCAAACUCUUGCCAUCCAAUGGUAUUUAUUUUAAUAAUACAAGUUUAUUUUUGUGAUUUUUAAGCAUAAUUUUGUUUUAUUUCAUUCAUUAACUGAAAGCAAUCGAUCAUUCAUUAAAUUUUAGUAAAUUAAAUUAGAAAAAAAAAAUUGGAUUUUUUUUUAUAAUCUGAAAGCAUAUUAUAAUGAAGAUUAUGUAAUAAUUUUAGUAUAAUGCUGGUAGAUAUCUAUUAUAACUUAUUUCUCUAUUUUUUCACCAUGAGCAUGAUUAUUUAUCAAAACCAAAUGUAGGAUCAUUUAUUGUGUGAUAUGUUGCAUAGAAUGCAUGAAUAUAGUUAUUUGUCAAUGUUACCAACUUUUUGUAUGUUACACAAUGUAUUUUGUAGAAUAAUAAAUAAAUAGGUUAUAAAAAUAAUAAAUUAUUAAUAACGUACUAGGAAGGCUUUUAUGAAUGCAUAAAAUGCUGAUGUAUACCUUUCAAAAUCUCCAAAUAAAUAAUUAUUAAUCCAAACAAAUAAUUCAUUAAUUUAUUAAAAUUAAAAACAUAAUUUAUUACAUUCACUUAAUGGUACAUUUUAGUCGAAGUACUUUUACUUACUACUUUAACUAAAAUUAUUGACUAUUACAUUAGUAAUUAACUUUAUGUUAAGAAGGCUGCUUAGUCACGAUUGUAGUGUGUUCGUAUGAACAAACUUUUUUUUACGAUAAAUUGUAGACUAAAAAAGUAGGUAGACUGUUGAAUAUAAAAAUUACAAAAAAAAACUAUUUUUUUAUUGGAGUAGUAUAUAGAGGUCACAAUAUAAAUUAAACAUUUUAUUUAUUGUCAUUAUAUUUUUUAUUGUUUAAUGUUUAAACUAAAUACAAAUAUAUAUUAAUUAUUUAGAAUUAUAUAAAUGUAUAUGACAAACAAAGUAACAUGUAUUUAAUUUAAAAUGUUUUACAUUUUUACACAGGCACUUACAUCUUAAAGUCCAUGAAUUUUUAAUUUCAUACAAUCUGGACUAAAAUUAUUCCAUUCCUCAGUAAACAAAGUUAAUAAACGUAUCCUCUAUAGUCCCAUAGAAAAUACCAUUCCAUAUUCACGAUUACUGUAUUCACGGCACAUUCACAAAACGUAUCCCCGCAAAUAAGGAGGCUUUGGUCACAGUGCAUUGUACUUACAUGAUGCAAUCUUUAUGGCGUUUCUUUAGCUGCGCUAUACAGGCUUUUAGGUAUCACCGGUAACAUAACGGCGCGCCUCCCACACGAAGUCGCCUCACGCGUCUUGAUUUUAGCGUACUUUAUGUACGAUCUGCGUGUAUCCGCAGUAUAUUUAGUCAUUAUAAAGAUAGCAUCACACUAUACAUCUAUUUUUAAAUAGGAUAAUUCAUUUGCACUCUCAUAAAUACAAAUAAAAUACAAAUAAAUACAAUACAUAAUAUUAGAAUAACAAUAAAAAUAACUAAACUUAAAUGAGCAAUAGCAUUUAAACUAAAGUUGCACAAAAAACUAAAACAUGCUUUGGUUAUAUAGAUAUCUUAUAGUCCAAGUUUUAGUCUUGUGUGCAAAGUAAAUUAGUCUCGCUUUGUACAUUAUUGUAGGUACAAGAAAUAUGCAUAAAAUAUAUUUUGUAUCUGGCUUUAUGAAAUCUAUUUCCCAUAAAAUAGCCCUUAUUCAACUCUAGACAGAUCAAUUGUAACAAAAAUGUGUUUUUUCUACUUUUGGAAGCUUUGGUAAGCAUUUGACAGUAGGCAACUCACAGACAGACCAUUUUUAUGUAAAACUGAAGGUAUAUUCUUUAUUAGAUCACGUGUUUGGAUCUAUAAUAGGCUAGUUGACACUUUUUAAAAUGGUCUGGAAUGGAUCAUUAUCGUUCUACUAGAUUAAAAAAAAUUCAUUAUAUUUUUUUGAGACAUGAUCACAUGAAAAUUUUGAUUUUUAAAUAUUUAUUUGACAAUAAAUAUUUAAUUGUUUAUUUAAUUGCCUGUUGACUUACCACUACAUAGCAAAACAGAACAACCAAAGUAGAUAAAUUUUAUUGCAUUAGUGUCAAUAAAUUAUAUGGGCCCAGUAUUUUAAUUAUGUAACCAGCAAAUACAUAAUGUACUUAUAUUAAUAAAUAAUGAAAUUAUUUGUGUUUA